UCGAGAGGAGGUUACAUUGAAAAAAAGACGCAGGUGGUGGCUCCAACACUGGGAUAGCAAAAUGGACGCCGACAGGAGCAGCCGUGCUGGAGAGGACGGCCAUGGGAUACCGGGGUGGUGGUGGUGGGCCUUGGCAAGCUGUACCCAAUUCGUUUGGGGCACGUCAUCAUAUCGGAAAGGCUACGCCGGCGACUCUCGCCUAAUGCCUUUUAAAGCCUUCGCGGUCGCCUCUCUCUUCGUCGGCUCCGCUGCCUCCGCGUCUGUUGCUGCCCUUCAAGCCUCUGGGUUCCACAAGGUGGAGGACCUUAUAGAAAUGGGAACUAAUGUAAGGACCGGACUUGGGAUUCCUCCAAGAGCACGAGAGGAGCAAGUAAGAGCAAAUGAUCUAUGAGGAAGGUCUCAAAGUUGCAGACACAGCUUUACCUCAGUUGAGGAAGCAGAUGGUUCUUUAUCGUUUGAGUAAGUGAUGAAAACAAGAGGUUUAAAACAAUUGGUUCUUUACCAUUGGAAUGACCAAGUGAAGACGCAUCAAGAAUGCAGAGUGAUUGAUUAUGGGUCUUUAUUUGAGUUGAAUGUCUCUUGAUUUUGUAAUACACAUUGCCGUCCAUAGAUGAUAUGUUCAAAUUUUUAAUUUUUUUA